UAGGGUGUUGUGAGUCACGUUACAAGUGUCAGCGCUUCAGCUGCGGUGCUGUUGGGCGGUGCACCACAACACAACCAACCGCGUAGUACUUCAAACCGCUCUCGAAGAUUCUUCGUUUAUCCGAAAACUCGAGCUUCUUAGCCGCAUCAGGACAAUUCACGAGCCUGAUCAUAGUGAUAUCAUUACCACAAGAUGAAAGGGUUCACCAAAGCAAUCAAGCGAACACCUCACCUUGUCACAUCGAAAGUUGGCUUUGCGAAGAAGUCCUCUGACCCCGAAUUCGACGACUACAAUCGCCAUUUCAUCAGCCUCGAGCAAGCCACGGAAAAGUUGCUCAAAGAUACCAGGAUAUUCUCCGAAGCUGUUUUAACCCUCUUCACUUCUUCCGUUGGUUUCGCCAACCAUUUCAAUUUUAUAUUCUCUCCGAUGGGUGGCGAGUAUAACUUGCAAGGAAAGCAUCCCUCCUGCGAAGCAACCGUCGCAAACACUCCUCCGUACUCAACUUCUCUCGACGAACUUCGUUCUGCGAUCUCCCCUGAACUCGAGCUCAUCGAAUCACGAAUUGUUGCACCCGUGAAAGAGUUCCAGGGAGUCCUCAAGCUGAUCAGGAAGAGCAUCACCAAACGCGAUCAUAAGCUGGUCGAUUAUGAUCGAUUCAAUAAUUCACUUACUAAAUUGAGGGACAAGAAAGAGAAAAGUUUGAGUGAUGAGAAGAAUUUGUUCAAGCUUGAGCAAGACUUCGAGAUUGCCACAAAUGAGUAUGAUUACAUUAACAACGCGCUCAAGACAGAUCUCCCGCACUUCAUGCAACUUUCAACUCAUUUCAUCGAGCCUCUUUUCCAUUCAUUCUAUUACAUGCAGCUCAACAUUUAUUAUCUUUUCCUUGAGAAAAUGAAUUCAUUUGCGGAGGGUCGAUACGACGUUACCAACGUCCCUGGCGCUCAAAUCCAGGCUGAUUAUGAAGAGAAGCGAACGGAUGCAUGGAGUCAAAUAGAGGAUCUCAACGUUACCAAGCGCUUCAUAUCGACUUCGAAAUUCGUGCAAGCUAAUCGCGCCCCUGGCGGCAAUUCGUUGACUGUCGGUCCUUCCAUCGGUCGCUCACCCAGCGUUACAAGUGCUGGUAGUGGGAGCAGCCGCUCAAUGCCACCAUCCCGAGCAGCGCCCACAUCUUCCUUUAUCAAGAAGCCACCUCCAGCGCCGCCAGGCCAGACACCUGCUCCUCCUCCCCCGUACUCUGCCGCUUCAAAUGAUUCGGGAGCUGGAACUACAGCUGCAACAAAGAGGCCGCCUCCACCCCCACCGGUGAAGCCCAAACCAAAGCCAGAGCCAGCCGUAGAGUAUGUUACAGCCUUAUAUGAUUUCGAUGCUCAGGCUGAAGGAGAUCUUUCUUUUAAAACCGGUGACCGCAUCGAAAUUGUAACCAAGACAGAGAGUCAGGAAGAUUGGUGGACAGGUCGUCUUAAUGGCGACCAGGGUGUAUUCCCAGGCAACUAUGUACAGUGAUGUGAUGACGGACAGUUGAGUAUUAAUUGAGUAGUAGCUUACAUUUUUGGGACAUUAUAUCUUCCUGCUAGGGAUAGCCGCCGAUCAGGCAUCUUGCCUAUCGUCACACAGUCAUCGGGAGCCCGUCGCAGAUUGCAUCAGAACUUGAUCAGACCUACUGUCUCCAUCACACCAAGUGACUAAUAGUCUUUCCGGUUACCCCAGGUGGCCCUUCCUAGAACUUGUAUGCACUUCUAGUAGUCUUCUCCUUUAAGCAACCGCGCUCCGGCUAACUGUUGCUCAGAUAUUUCUGGCUGCUAGAUGCGCUG